CAUCGCCAUUUUAUUGUUUACAAACGUGAAAUGUGCGUUUAAAUGAAUUUUUUAAAACAAGAUUUAUUACAUCUAGAUCUACUAAUUUAGGCAACUUGAAGUGAAAUUGUUUCUAGAAUUAGUUCUAGUAUCAAGUCCCUAAAAUGGCAGACGCCACUGCUCGCUCGCUUCAGUAUGAAUACAAAGCGAACUCCAAUCUUGUCUUGAGUGUAGACAGAACUUUAAUUGACAGAAGAGCCAGGGAUGAAGCAACUGGUGAAGUUAUGUCCCUUGUUGGGAAACUCACUGGGACACGCAUGGGUGACAAAGCACUAAAAAGCAAACCUCCAAUGAUGGAAGAGCGUAAAAUAAAACGACGAAAAAGAGAUGAAGCUCAACAUGACAUGGUUAAAAUGAAAGGAACCACUUUAUUGUCUGAGGGUAUUGAUGAAAUGGUUGGCAUUCUGUAUAGACCAAAAACAACAGAGACACGACAGACUUAUGAAGUAUUGCUAAAUUUUAUCCAGGCUGCCUUGGGAGAUCAGCCCAGAGAUGUGCUUUGUGGAGCUGCUGAUGAGGUUCUUAUAGUUCUGAAAAAUGAGAGGAUGAAAGACAAAGACAAAAAGAAAGAAGUUGAAAGCCUUUUAGGUGACCUGGCUGAUGAAAGAUUUGCUUUACUUGUUAACCUUGGCAAAAAAAUUACAGACUGGAGUCAAGAAGAGAAAACACAAACAAGUGAAACUAUAGACUUUGAUGAGACCUAUGGUGUAAAUGUACAGUUUGAAGAGUCAGAUGAUGAUGACACUGCUGAUGUUUAUGGAGAAGUACAGGAAGAAGGUGAAGCAGAUGAUGACAAUGAAGGAGAAGAGGCAACUUUUGAUGCUACGCUACAUGCAAAUCUGUCAGAAGAAGACAAAAACAAGAAGGAUAGAGGAUUACAUCCACGUGAAAUUGAUGCGUUCUGGAUCCAGAGAAAAAUCAGCAAAUUUUAUCCAGAUGACCCCAACAUGGCUCAAAGUAAAGCUAAUGAAGUUCUUGAGAUUUUGAAGGCUGCUGGAGAUGACAGAGAAGCUGAAACCAAACUAGUUUUACUUUUGGAUGUUUCUCAUUUUGAGUUCAUUAAAAUCUUACGGCAACAUCGACAAAUGAUUUUAUAUUGCACCCUCUUGGCUCAAGCACAGACAGCCUCAGAGAAAAAGAAAAUUGAACAAAAAAUGUCUUCUGAUCAAGAGUUAUCACUUAUUUUAAAAUCUCUGAAAGCCACUGAUCAAGAUGAUAUUGUUAGUGAGGAAAGAGCUAGAAGACAGCAAGCAAGACAGUCAAGAGUUGCAGCUGACAUUGAAGCUAUUGAUGUUGAUGAUGAAGAGGAGGUUGGACCAGUACAAACUCUAUACUUGGAUGAUUUAGUGUUUACUCAAGGCAGUCAUUUGAUGGCCAACAAAAGGUGUCAGUUGCCAGAUGGGUCUUAUAGGAAACAAAGAAAAGGUUAUGAAGAGGUUCAUGUACCAGCAUUAAAGCCAAAGCCUUUUGAUAAUGAGGAGAACCUGGUGCCUGUUGACCGAUUGCCCAAGUAUGCCCAGGCAGCAUUUGAAGGGUUUAAAAGCUUAAAUAGAAUCCAAAGUCGUCUACAUCGUGCUGCUCUAGAGAGUGAUCAAAACCUUCUACUGUGUGCCCCAACAGGAGCAGGUAAAACUAAUGUUGCAUUGCUCACAAUAAUGAGAGAGGUUGGAAAACAUGUAAAUGCUGAUGGUACUAUUAAUGCUGAUGAUUUUAAAAUCAUCUACAUUGCACCAAUGAAAUCCUUGGCCCAGGAAAUGGUUGGCAACUUUACUGAGAGAUUAUCCUCAUACAACCUGAAAGUUCAGGAGUUAACAGGAGACCACCAGCUUACUAGAGAACAGAUAGCUGCCACUCAGGUCAUUGUCUGUACCCCAGAAAAGUGGGAUAUCAUCACCAGGAAAGGAGGAGAAAAAACAUACACACAAUUUGUUAAACUUGUUAUCUUUGAUGAAAUUCAUCUCCUUCAUGAUGACAGAGGUCCAGUUUUAGAAUCCUUAGUUGCAAGAACCAUCCGUACUAUUGAAACAACUCAAGAAGACAUAAGAUUGAUUGGACUCAGUGCCACACUUCCCAACUAUGAGGAUGUUGCUGCUUUUUUGCGUGUUGAUCCACGAGAAGGACUCUUCUUCUUUGAUAACAGUUUCCGUCCAGUCCCUCUAGAACAACAGUUUAUUGGCAUCACUGAAAAGAAAGCAAUAAAAAGAUUUCAAUUAAUGAAUGAUAUUGUGUAUGAGAAGGUCAUAGAGCAUGCCGGCAAGAAUCAGGUCUUAAUAUUUGUGCACUCAAGAAAAGAGACAGGAAAGACAGCCAGAACAAUAAGAGAUAUGUGUCUUGAAAAGGACACGCUAGGACUUUUCAUGAAGGAAGGAUCUGCCUCUACUGUUGUGCUUAGGCAAGAAGCUGAGCAGGUUAAGAGCUCAGAGCUAAAAGACUUACUGCCUUAUGGCUUUGCUAUUCACCAUGCAGGAAUGAACAAAGUUGAUCGUAAGCUGGUAGAGGAUUUGUUUAGUGAUCGACAUAUUCAGGUUCUUAUUUCCACCUCAACCUUAGCCUGGGGUGUGAAUUUACCUGCUCAUACUGUUAUUAUCAAAGGAACUCAAAUCUACAGUCCUGAAAAGGGCAGAUGGGUGGAGCUAAGUGCUUUGGAUGUGCUACAGAUGCUUGGUAGAGCAGGACGUCCACAGUAUGAUACAAAAGGUGAAGGAAUUAUGAUCACAAACCACAGUGAACUUCAGUACUAUUUGUCAUUGAUGAACCAACAGCUACCUAUAGAGAGCCAGUUUAUUGGGAAAAUGGCUGACAACUUAAAUGCUGAAGUUGUUCUUGGAACUAUCCAUAACAUCAAAGAAGCUGUGGAUUGGUUAGGAUACACCUAUCUUUACAUUCGAAUGUUGCGCAAUCCAACUCUUUAUGGAAUAUCUCAUGAUGCUCUAAAAGAAGAUCCACUGUUGCAGCAAAGAAGAAAGGAUCUUGUUCACACAGCUGCUUGUGUGUUAGACAAAAAUGGCUUGCUGAAAUAUGAUCGCAAAUCAGGAAACCUUCAGGUAACUGAACUAGGGCGGAUUGCUAGUCAUUACUACAUCACUAAUGAGAGUAUGGCAACUUACAACCAACUGUUGAAACCAACACUUAGUGAAAUAGAAUUGUUUAGAGUGUUUUCCCUUUCUGCUGAGUUCAAAUAUCUCACAGUUAGAGAGGAGGAAAAACUUGAACUUAUGAAGCUUUUGGAAAGAGUACCUAUUCCAAUUAAGGAGAGCAUUGAAGAACCAAGUGCUAAGGUGAAUGUUUUGCUGCAAGCCUAUAUUUCACAGCUAAAGUUGGAAGGAUUUGCUUUGAUGGUUGACAUGGUGUUCAUCACACAGUCAGCUGGGCGUUUGAUGAGGGCUCUGUUUGAAAUCUGUUUGCACCAUGGUUGGGCACAGCUAGUGGACAAAGCUCUUGCUCUUUGUAAAAUGGUGGAUAAAAGAAUGUGGCAGUCAAUGACUCCAUUGAGACAGUUUAGAAAAAUUCCUGAACAAGUAAUCAAGAAAAUUGAGAAGAAGAAUUUUCCUUUUGAAAGACUUUAUGACUUGAACCAUAAUGAAAUAGGAGAACUGCUAAGGCUGCCUAAAAUGGGAAAACCAAUUCACAAGUACAUCCGCCAGUUUCCUCGCCUGGAACUCUCAGUACACAUUCAGCCAAUCACAAGGUCAACACUGAAAGUUGAAUUAACCAUAACACCAGAUUUUCAGUGGGAGGAAAAAUUACAUGGACAUUCUGAGGCAUUUUGGAUUCUUGUUGAAGAUGUUGAUAGUGAGGCUAUAUUGCAUCAUGAGUACUUCCUUUUGAAAAGCAAAUUUGCAACUGAUGAACAUGUUGUCAAGUUUUUUGUGCCAGUAUUUGAGCCUUUACCUCCACAGUACUUCAUUAGAGUGGUAUCUGACAGGUGGAUAGGUGCAGAAACACAGCUUCCAGUAUCCUUCCGUCACUUGAUUCUCCCUGAGCGAUACCCACCACCUACAGAACUGUUGGACUUGCAGCCACUGCCAAUUACUGCUUUGAGAAACCCAAAGUUUGAAAUGCUGUACAGCAAAAAGUUUCCAAUCUUCAAUCCUAUUCAAACUCAAGUGUUCAAUGCCAUCUACAACAGUGACGACAAUGUGUUUGUUGGAGCCCCAACUGGUAGUGGUAAAACAAUUUGUUGUGAAUUUGCUGUCCUGCGAAUGUUCUCUCAGAACCCUGAAGGAAGAUGUGUUUAUGUUGCACCAUUGGAUGCCUUGGCACAACAGAUAUAUGUUGAUUGGCAUAACAAAUUUGCUGGCAGUCUUGGGAAAAAAGUUGUACUUCUUACAGGAGAAACUGGUACUGAUUUGAAACUUCUUGCCAAGGGCAAUAUUGUGAUCUCUACACCAGACAAAUGGGAUGUCUUGUCCAGAAGGUGGAAGCAGAGAAAGAAUGUACAAAAUGUGAAUCUCUUUAUCGUGGAUGAGUUGCACCUCAUUGGAGGAACAAUGGGACUGGUUCUGGAAGUGAUCUGUUCUCGUAUGAGAUACAUAUCCUCACAGCUGGAACGCAACAUCAGAAUUGUUGCCCUUAGCUCAUCACUUUCUAAUGCUAAAGACAUUGCUCAGUGGCUUGGAUGUCCUACGUCAGCCUUCUUCAACUUCCACCCCAAUGUGAGACCUGUGCCUCUAGAACUUCACAUUCAGGGUUUCAAUGUUUCUCACAAUGCUUCCCGUAUCAUUGCCAUGGCAAAACCUUCCUAUCAAGCCAUAGUUAGACAUUCAGCCAAGAAACCAGUUAUCAUCUUUGUGCCCUCACGCAAGCAAACCAAACUGACUGCUAUUGAUAUUUUAACCUGUGCAGCUGCUGAAAUGCAAGUUGGCAUUGAUGAAAAGACUCGCAGCAGAUUCCUUCAUGUCCAAGAAGAAGAUCUUGCUCCAUUCCUAGAAAAAAUUUCAGACCUGACUUUGAAAGAGACACUUGCAAAUGGAGUAGGAUAUCUUCAUGAAGGAUUGUCUGAAACUGAGAGAAAAAUUGUAGAGCAGUUGUUUAAUUCUGGAGCUGUUCAAGUCUUAGUUGUUGCCAGAGGUCUAGCCUGGGGAAUAAAUGUAUCAGCCCACCUUGUUAUUGUAAUGGACACUCAGUAUUAUGAUGGAAAAAUGCACUCUUAUGAGGAUUAUCCAGUAACAGAUGUACUCCAGAUGAUGGGAAAGGCUAACAGGCCUCUAAUUGAUAAAGAAGGCAAGGCUGUCAUCAUGUGUCAGAGCUCAAAGAAAGAAUUUUUCAAGAAAUUCUUGUAUGAACCACUGCCAGUGGAGAGCCACCUUGAUCAUUGUCUUCAUGACCACUUCAAUGCUGAAAUAGUAACAAAAACUAUAGAAAAUAAACAAGAUGCUGUUGACUACUUGACCUGGACCUUCUUGUACAGACGUAUGACACAGAACCCCAACUACUACAAUUUACAAGGUGUGUCACAUCGUCAUUUAUCUGACCAUUUGUCAGAAAUUGUUGAAAACACAAUCAACAACUUAGAGCAGUCAAAGUGCAUCAAUGUGGAAGAUGAUUUUGAUGUGUACCCUCUGAACUUGGGCAUGAUUGCUGCCUACUAUUACAUAAACUAUACUACUAUUGAACUGUUCAGUAUGUCUCUUAACAACAAGACAAAGAUCAAAGGUUUAAUUGAAAUUGUUGCCAAUGCUGAUGAAUAUGCAAACUUACCAAUCAGACAUGGAGAAGCUGCUAUUUUAAAACAGCUUGGGAGUCGUCUGCCAAACAAAGUUACCAAUGCCAAGUUUAAUGAUCCUCAUGUCAAGACUAAUUUGCUCCUUCAAGCACAUCUCUCUCGCAUGCAGCUCUCAGCAGAACUCCAAAGUGACACAGAGGAUAUUCUAAAUAAAGCUAUUCGACUUAUCCAAGCAUGUGUGGAUGUUCUCAGCAGCAAUGGAUGGUUAAGCCCUGCUUUGGCAGCUAUGGAGUUGGCCCAGAUGGUGACCCAAGCCAUGUGGUCUAAAGAUUCAUCCCUCAAGCAGCUUCCUCAUUUUACAGCAGACAUUAUCAAAAGAUGUCAAGAAAAAAAUUUGGAGUCUAUCUUUGAUAUUAUGGAGAUGGAGGACAAAGACAGAAGUGACCUUUUACAGUUGACUGAAUCUGAAAUGGCUGAUGUUGCCCGUUUCUGCAACAGAUAUCCAAAUAUUGAGUUAACUUAUGAAGUUCUUGAAAAAGAAAAUAUUAGAAGUGGUUCAAACAUAAAUGUGACUGUAACUUUGGAACGAGAAGAUGAGAUCACAGGACCAGUUAUUGCUCCCUUUUUCCCCCAAAAACGUGAGGAAGGCUGGUGGGUUGUUAUUGGUGACCCAAAGAACAACUCUCUUCUCUCUAUUAAGAGAUUAACUCUCCAGCAGAAGGCCAAAGUCAAGUUAGAUUUCAUGGCACCAGCUCAUGGGCGCUAUAAUUAUGUCAUCUUCUUUAUGAGUGACGCCUAUAUGGGCUGUGACCAAGAGUAUAAGUUCAGUGUGGAUGUGAAGGAGGGAGAGAGUGACAGUGAAAGUGAUUAGUCGGCUUGUUAACUUGGAAUCCAUUCCUCACAUCAAGAUUAUACCUGUAAACAACUUGUUUUUACAUAUAUUUUUUUUGUCAAUUUCAAGCUGUAUAGUGUUGAGUUACUUAAACAGCCCAUGUAUUAUUAGUUACAGUAUGUUGGUAAAAUAUUUUUUUGUCCAUUUCUGAUGAUACAAUUGCAUAUUUUAUUUUUGAUCAAAAAUAUGUUGGUUGUAAGCUAGAUUUUAAAAAAUGUAUUUAAUUUUUGUUUGGUAAAUUGAAUUAGUAUAAAUAGUUUUUAUUUUUACUGUAGAAACUUUGUUUCUAGUUUUUAAAGUGUACAUAUUUGUACAUAAUUUGUUAAAUGUUAAACUGAAUAUUAUGCUUAUAGGCUUAUUUGUCAUCAUAUCAGCCCUUAAAAGGAAAACUUAGCUAUUAAGAUUUUGGUUCUUGUCAUUGUUUUAUCCUGUCAGAAAAAUGUCCAAUUCAUUUCAGAACUUAAAUGUUUGUCAUUAAUUAAGUAUUUACAGUGCAAAAUAGCUCAGGUUUUAGUCAUAUGGUAAGCAGAUGAGAAUCUUGACAAAGGACACUUCAUUCUUCUAGUGUUAUAUUUUCAUACAUUUUUCUCAUGUUCACCAUUUUAUAUGGAUUUUUUAAACAAAAAUUAUUAAAUGAUUAUUUUGUUUCAAAACUGAAUAAAACAAUACAACACUUAA